AUGGGUAGACAACCUUGUUGUGACAAACUUGGUGUGAAGAAGGGGCCUUGGACAGCUGAGGAAGACAAGAAGUUGGUCAAUUUUAUUCUCACACAUGGCCAAUGUUGCUGGCGAGCUGUGCCGAAGCUCGCCGGACUCCGUCGAUGCGGCAAGAGCUGCCGUCUUCGCUGGACUAAUUACCUCCGGCCUGACUUGAAGAGAGGCCUUCUUAACGAGGAUGAGGAACAACUUGUCAUUGAUCUCCAUGCCCGCCUUGGCAAUAGGUGGUCCAAAAUUGCAGCAAGAUUGCCGGGAAGAACAGAUAAUGAGAUCAAGAAUCACUGGAAUACUCACAUUAAGAAAAAGCUAAUUAAGAUGGGUAUUGAUCCAGUGACACAUGAGCCUCUCAAGAAACAAGUUAGCCCACAAGAAAGUACAGUACCUUGUGACGCUAAUUAUGAUCAACCCAAUUUUAAUACUGAUCAUGAUCAGCAGGUUCUGCCCAAAACUAGUGGUCAUGCCUCCUCUAGCACUGAUAAUUCAAGCACUACCACGCCAACUGAAAAUUCAUCAUCAGUGGAUGAAUGUAGGUCAUCAGAACCUAACAGUGACAACGAUCCACUAAUGAGUUACAUAUGGUCAGAGGCAUUUCUUGAUGAUACAUCUUGGAACUUCCAAGCCACUAGAGAAGAUUUUAGUGAAUUUGGGGUAUCAAAUUCUUCAUCAGAGGACAGUAACUCUCCAUGGUUUUUAGACUCUAAGGAUCUUGGAGAUGAAUUCUUUGGACUUAGUUGCUUCAGUGACAUGGACUUGAGUAUCCUAGAUAUGAGUGGCAAGCAUUGA